AUCCAGGACGGGAUUGAGGGAGAGAGCGGGAUGAAGGGAGGGGUGUGCCACGAAAAUAUGUGUCAGCCCAGGUUCAUGCGAGGCUAUUUCUAUUCUAUUCUACUGUUACACUUUCAAUUGCUACAGUAUGUGCUGCUGAAGAAAGACAGCAGACAUUUCUGCAAUAACAGUCUUCUGUGAUGGUCAUAUGCAGUGUAUCACAACCACAUGAGGAUGGAUUGAAGUACUUUCUGCAAAACACUGUGUUUUGAUGUGAAUCAGUGCUCUCUACCAGGGCAAAGAUAUUAUGUUUGGUUUGCGCUGUAGAGACUGUUCAGUUCCUGCUGUUUGUAAUCAGGAGGGAAUAACAGGAACAAUAUGAUGUUGAUGAGAUGUUUGUGUGCUGAGCACCAUGGACUGAAUAACAUCCCCUUUUCCUCUCUUCCUCCCUUUCUUCUCCUCUUCCUCGGGCCUACAGUGUGGAUGUACGGCUUUACCGACAGUCCAAGGAAAGAGGCCUCAGGCAUUGACAGCUCGGACCCUAUGGUGCUGGAGCAGUACGUGGUGGUGGCCAACUACGAGAGGCAGGAGAACUCUGAGAUCAGCCUGCAGGCUGGGGAGACGGUGGACGUGAUCGAGAAGAGCGAGAGUGGUUGGUGGUUCGUCAGUACAGCCGAGGAGCAGGGUUGGGUGCCGGCCACAUACCUGGACUCACAGAACGGCACUAGAGACGACCUGGAACUUAGCACCGUCAGGACAGGAGAAGUUACUAAGAGACGCAAGGCUCAUCUGAAGAGACUGGACCGCAGAUGGACCUUGGGGGGCAUAGUGAACCGCCAGCAGAGUCGAGAAGAGAAGUACACGACGGUGCAGCCGUACAACAGCCAGGGGAAGGACGAGAUCGGCUUUGAGAAAGGGGUCACCGUGGAGGUCAUCCAAAAGAACCUGGAGGGCUGGUGGUACAUCAGGUACCUUGGGAAGGAGGGCUGGGCCCCGGCCUCAUACCUGAAGAAGAUGAAGGAGGACUUCUCAUCCCCAGGUAGGAAGAAGACCCUGACAGGCCCUGUGGAAAUCAUCGGCAACAUCAUGGAGAUCAGCAACCUGCUCCAGAAGAAGUCCAGCAGUGAGAAGGAUGUCCAAACGGAUGGAGAUUCCACCAGUCCUGAGCGCCACAUCUCCAAGAGUGAGAUCAGCCUGCCCAUGCCCUAUGCCCCAGGUUAUAACCCCAGCCCCGACCACGGCCCCAGCCCUGGCCCAGGUCCGAGUCCUGGGCUGAGUUCUGGAUCUGGGAUGGGUACCUCCAGUCCUAGCCUGGGCCCUGGUGCUAGUGGCCCUCUACAGGACAGUAAGGGGAAGACAGAACCUGGUUCCCCUGCUGUAGCACGUGUCGCUCCACACAGGGUGUCGAUAGGCUUUGAGGCUAUAGGCUCUCCCAACCUCCGACAAAAACCUCCUCCUAGAAGAGAAACAAAUCUGGGCUUCCAGUUACCUAAGCCACCAGAGCCCCCUACUGUGGAAGCGGAGUACUACACCAUCGCAGAGUUCCAGUCCUGCAUCUCUGAUGGCAUCAGUUUCCGUGGAGGACAAAAAGCUGACGUCAUAGAGAAGAACUCCGGGGGCUGGUGGUAUGUCCAGAUUGGGGAGACGGAGGGUUGGGCCCCCUGCUCCUACAUCGACAAACGCAAGAAACCCAACCUUAGCCGACGAACCAGCACGCUUACACGCCCCAAAGUCCCGCCCCCAGCUCCACCCACCAAAAAGCAAGACUCAGAAGAGACGCCAUCACCCUCACCCAGUCACUCCAUCUCCUCAUCCUCCAAAGCCCCAGAAUCCCCCAGCCGGCCCACAGUAUAUGAGGAACCGGAAUACGACGUUCCCGCUGUUGGAUGCGAGGGCGAGUCGGACACAGAAUCCCUGAAGGGAGAGACAAUACAUCGCCCCCUGGAGGUGAAAAUCAACAGUGUGGUCUGUGAGAAGUACCGUAGUUCUCCUCCGGUCUGCAAGACCUCCCCUGUGAUUAUCAGCUAUAGAAGAAGGUCCUUCAGGUCCGUUGAAGAGAUGGCCAAGGAAGAAUGUAUCUAUGAGAACGAUGGCUUCAGGCGCAGUAGUGGUGAUGAAGCGGCUUCGGCCAAAGGCUGCGGUGGUUCCAACUCCCCAAGGAUCUACCACUCCUCGACUGUACCCCGCAAACCCUCAGGGUCUUCACCUCUAGCAGGGGGAAAGCCAUUGAAGAAGAUCGCCCCAGAGCUGAGCCGAAGCCAGUCCCUAGCCAAAGCCGACACCAGCCCCAGGUUGUCCUCAGACGAAUCGGGUAGAGAUUCCAGGAAACCUCCAGGCAUCCGGACGGUGGAGCAAAGGAUAGGCCAGAGCCCCUCCACCAAGCUCAAGCCCUCGGUGAGGCCUAAACCUCUGCUCACCACCAAGUCAGAGCCACAGUGCCCUGAGAGGAUGGACAUCACUUCCCUGAGACGCCAGUUGAGGCCCACGGGACAACUCCGGCAUACCGUCCAUGGGCUCAAAGACUCAGAGACGGCCUCCGUCAUCUCGUCGGAGGACUCCCAUUCUUCCCGCAACAGCACCUCAGACCUCUCUUCCAUCUACUCCAAAGGGAGCCGGGGAGAUUCAGAUCUGGAGGGGUUCAACCUAUACCGGACCACAGACGCCUACGACAAGGUCCAGGAGUCAGAGCUGAGCUUUCCAUCUGGGGUGGAGGUGGAAGUCCUGGAGAGGCAGGAGAGCGGCUGGUGGUACAUUCGUUGGCGGGACAAGGAAGGCUGGGCGCCCACUUUUUAUUUGGAGCCCAUCCGCCAAGGGAGGGACGGCGGUGGGUCCGAGUCUGACGGGCAGCGCUCUGGGUCGGGCAGCGGCACCGGGAGCAAGUCCAACAGCCUGGAGAAGAAUGAGCAGCGCGUGCUGGCGCUCAACGACAUCAACCUCCAGGGACUCACUAAUCACCACCAGGUGCACCAUACGCCAGGGGGUCUGAGAUCGAGGAACACUCCCCCCAUCCCCUCCAAGCCUCCGGGGGGCUUCUCCAAGCCGGCUGUGCUGGUUAACGGAGCCGCGAGAAUGAGGAACGGUGGGGUGAGACCGCAGUCUGCCGUCAGACCCCAGUCCGUGUUCGUGUCUGCGCCACAGCCCGCCAUGGUCAGUCAACAUUACAUGACAAGUUCCCUGAGGCGGAAUGAGUCAUUGGCCGCCCACAACCAGUAUCGUACCGACCAGUACCGCUCCGGUUCCGCUACCCUUGGCGUGCGCCGUAACUCCUCUUUCAACGCUGUGCGUGCACAACCCGUCACAGUCGAGACCCGAUCGAGACCCUCAGAGCGCUCUAUCACCACCAGGGGGUCUUCGGCGGAACGAUUUGGCGCCGGUGGCGGGACGGACGCCUUGAGCAGGGUUGGGGUUGUUGUGCAGCGUAAUGGUAUCCCCGUCUCCACAGUCAGGCCCAAGCCUAUCGAGAAGAGCCAGCUGAUCCAUAACAACCUGGGGAGGGAGGUAUAUGUUUCCAUUGCUGACUACCGGGGGGACGAUGAGACCAUGGGCUUCCCUGAGGGCACCUGCCUGGAGGUUCUAGACAGGAACCCCAACGGGUGGUGGUACUGCAAGGUCCAAGAUGCCCUGCACCCCCGCAAGGGCUGGGUCCCCUCCAACUACCUAGAGAGGAAGAAGUAAUGGCCUAAUAAUAAUAACAAUUCCCCCCUUUGAUGAUGUCACUAAGAAUAUUGGUGAUGACAUCACUCCAUAAGAAUGUUACCCCACAAGAGCUACCACAAGCAAUAUGCUCCAAAUAUGUAAACAAAUAAUUGAUUCUGAAAUACUUUAUGUAAAAAAAAAUGUUGUUUUAACCUUAUAAUGAGAAAGAGACACUUUUAUUUCUAAAAUGUACACAUAAAAGACUAAAAGUCCAGAUUUUUGUGUGCGAUAUGGGAUGUAACGAGAGACUGAAAACGGGGUUGGCCAACCCAAGUGUUAGAAACACAAGUAUGUUUUUGGAACUUUGGAACGAUGCGAUUUGACACGACACCUUCUAGAAGGGGUUUACAUUAGAAAGAGAAGAUAGCUGGGCAAUGAUGGCAAGCCUUAUACCUGCCCUUGUGACUGUAAUGCCAAAUAGGUGCCUUUUUGUAGAUGAUCAACUGAAUGGGGGUUCGAAGAAGUGGACGGAACACAUUGGUGAAUCAACGUCAUUACCAAAUGUAUGACAGUGCCAUAGGCCUAUGAGCAUGAAUACUCCCAAAAUUAUUUUUGUAACGUUCAAGAGAAUCACUUGAGUAGGAGUGUUUUAGGAACGUUACCGAGCGAAUAGGAUCAAUCUAGAGUGUUGUAGUAGAAUGUUCAGAAUCAAAUAAGAAAGAAACAAGAGAAAGGGAGAGAUAUCAGUGACUCUCAGUGAGUCACAAUUGACUCACUUAAAAUGACUAAUCCUUUGAUUUUUUUUUUGUUGUCAUUAUUGUAUGUUCUUCUUUAAUGUCUCUGUGUCUUUCUGUCUGUCCUUAGAGAUGUAUUUCUGCUUUCUUGUGUAACACUCCACCGACAGCCCAAAAUUGGAAAGAGUCAAAGUUCCUCUCGGAUAUUCGGAUCUCUGAAGUUUCACUGAUGGAAUAUCUAUGUUGAGGUACACGUAAUUAGACGGACUUUGUAGUUGCACCCUGUUUUUGUAGUCCCACUUCUUAUUCUAUAUUUUCAACCAAGCCUGCAGAAUCUUGCAUACAAAUAAAGCCAAAAUCUGCCAAGCUUGAAAUCUAAUUAAAGUAUACUUAUUGGGGAAUCAAUUCCAAUUUAAGGUGCUUUUCAGUUUACCACCAAGAUAUUACUUUACACAAUAUGUUUACACACUAAGUUGUCUGUAUUAGUUCCAGACAAAUAUCUUUUUAUAUAUGCUUUACUGUAUACAGUGUAGCAAUCGCAGUUGCACAGAAAAUAAGUACUGGAAAUAUGGCUUAAUAAUGUUUUUUAAAUCCCAGCCUCGAGCCCACAAUGUGAUUAAACCAAUGCAGAAUAUCAUUUCAUUGGCUAUUUUGUAGAUUUACUAUUUAUUUAUGGGCACAAAUAGCCUAAUACAAUCUAUUCAAAAAAAUACCUAAAACGAAGUUUAAAAAAAUAUAUGUUUUGAUAACAUCUGGAUUUUCUGAACCCAAAUCAAAGCAUAUUGAAACAUGCGGAUAUUGCUGUGCAGUAUUGGUUUAUGUGGUAUGCAAUUAAGUUUAUGUUUACUUCCUUUCUUUAAAAGUAGUUUGGUAUCUACUGGAUUUAGAAUAGUACUGCAGGACUAUUUUGAGUUACUAUUUACUUAUACGUUUUCCCAAAACUCAAUACUGAUAUUACUUCAAAACGAUCCCCAAUUGAAAAUCCUAAUGAAGUACUAUUUCAACUGGCUGGUGUUCAAGACUGCUGAAAUAUUUUUCUAACAGUGUGUGAGCUUCUCAAUUGAGGUUAAACACUAACUUUUCAUGACAUUUUCUGCUGGACAGUAUUAUAGUAUUAAACAAAGUAUUGUACCUGCUAGAUCGCAGUUAUAUCUGUUUUAGCCAACCAUAGUUGUUUGUUGAUAUUACAGUGUGAUCACACAUAGACAAUAAUGAAGAUUGAAGUUCCGUUUUUUGUGAAUUAAUGCACUUUAACACCUGUUUACAGUGCAUUAAUGUAAGGAUGCAGUUGAAAUACUCAGCAUAUUAUUUAUUGAUUUUUUAAAAAACUAUUUAAUAUGCAUAUUUUUUUUACCUCAAGUUUUUCAACUCCUGAGUUGAAAAAGAUCUAAGUCAUUGGAGGAUGCCAAUGCUCCUCACAAUAUAAUAAUUGGAUACUGUACAUGGUACUCUGUUGUGGGAGACGAAUGCUACUGCAACAUACUUUUUUCCAUGUUGCCCUACAAACCGGCAGUUACAAUGCAAUACCAAAUGCACUGCUGGUCAGUGAAACUACCAACUACACAAUGCCUGUACAUAAUUGAAUGUUUUCAAAUAAUUAAUGCAGCUAAGAGUUAGUCAGGUUUUUUUUGUAGUUUAUCAUUUUUUUUUAGUUCACUUUAUUCUAUUUGGCUAUCUUUUUUUCCAACCUUCUAAAUGACGUUUUUUUCCACCCCCAUGCUGUGUGCUGCAACUAGCAGAAUCAUGGACACUUCCUUUCUCCUUAUUGGUCUGUACGUAAUGCCUGAUUCAAAUCUUAUUUAUUUUGAACUAAUGUUUUACCUCCCAUUUGUGGUUGACAAUCAAAUAUUUAUCCACUGCCUCACUAGACUGGACUAGACCCCGCAACCUAGUACAAAAGUCAAUAAUGUGUGAUAGACUGUCAAAAUGUUUGAUAUUUCUACAGUCUAUUUGGUAUGAAUUUCAAGCCCUUGCAUACAGAUCUAUAGAAGCUGAAGUUAGUUCUGCUUCACAAAUGGAGGGUAAAAUGCUCUUUAUCUCACCCAUCAUAUCCCAUGUAAAGCAAUGGAAAUCGAUAAUUAGGUCUAUGUAUAGUACAACUACAGUUGAUACAGAACCCCUAACCCAUCUCCCUCCCCUCGACAAAGGCAUUAUGUAAACGUGUUGAAUCACCCAUAACAUUUCGCUUCCGCACAUAUUAAUGCAUAUUGCUAUUGUUUAAUUGAGCUCAAUUUACAUGGCUUCUCUGCCUGCGCCUGCAAAUUACAAGGGAAUUGUAAUAUGUCAAGCUCGACUUUUUCAUAUUCAGUAUUAUGUUUUUUUUUUUUUUAAUAAUUUUAAAAUGUUUUGGUCAAAAAUAUCAUUUUUGUCUUCUUUGUUUUUCGUUUUCACCCCAUUGUAUUUGAACAUCUUUCAGAAAUGUAAUAAUGAGGAAAUGUGCAAUACAAAUAGGCAUCUUUAAAAAGCAUAGCUAUAGAAAAACAUGAUUAACAUGACCUUUCUUGUCUAAGGAGAUAUGAUCCAAAAAUAUACUGUAUAUAUAUAUCCCUUAAUCCAUUCAAACCAUCAUCGGUCAUGUAAACACCUUUAGGUCAUGACUCAUUUCAGGUCCACUGCUUUUUUUAUAUUAGCCUUUUUCAAAAGAGCAACAGUUGCUAAUGGCACUGAACCUUCUCCAAUCCCAUUGGAGAGGCUUACUUCCAUUGAGCUACAGCACAAAAUGUUGUGACAUGAUGAACAUGAUUUUUAACCAAUGGCCAUGUAAGAAUCCCUUCUGGUCCUUCCUCCUGGCUAGCGUGCGUGGCUUGUGGACUGUGAAUGGCACCAGCAGAACCCAAUGACCCGGGUUCCGACCUCGUUAACAUCUAGCUGUUCUCUACCACAGAUCCACAGAGGUAAGAGUUGUGUCAGCAUCGAGGGCCUCUAGGUACUCACCAGACUGCCUUCGAGCUGUCACGUUUGUGCCUGAACAAAAUGUUUUUGUUCUUGGAGAGUCUCUCUCCUCCACCUACAGUACGCAGAUGCCUCCAUGCCAUUUGAACACAAGCCAUGCCGGCCUCUUCAACACUGUUUCCAUGGCAAAAGUGACAUUUGGAACCAUCGCAGAUGUCAACCGUGUAAUGUCAACUGUUAAGUGGUAGUCUUGUUGGGAAUGUGUACUUACAGGGCCAUCGUAGUUUAAUCCAUCCACUUCCAAACCUAUACCUACCACCAAAUAUAAGAAAACACUUUUUUAUGUCCUCGAUUAAGCCCCAUGGCAAUUCAUUUCAGACUUGACCAUGUUCCGAAUGUUUCGAACCUUCUGAGGAGAAAGAGAGAAAAUACUACAUGGGUUUGGUUCUUUGUCCACAGAUUACAACAGUGAUGUUCUUGAGGUCCACUAAAACUGGUUGGUUUAAAAGUUUCUUCUACAGAUGAUUUAUCCCCACAUUACAGUUAAGGUGCUUCGUGGCUUUGGAAGGUCUCGGUUCAUUUCCUUUCCCCUCCAGUGGGUUUUAUAGGGAAGAAACACACACACCCUUCAGUUUUAACUUUGGUGGAGGGUGCCACAGAUUUGUGGUAAAGUAGCACCCAUGCAGGGGCCACACACGCACAUAACGACGAGGGAAGCCAUUCAUGUCAGAGAGAAUAGAUUAGAGCCUCUACCAUAUUUGCGAAUUCAGCCAAGUGAGACCGUCCUUACUGACGCCACACUGCCUCGACUCUUUGCCCCUGCCUCCUUUCUCUCUUUUUAUUUUAACAAAUUGGCGGGCCUUCUCGAGCGUGACCUUCCCUUAAGCCUAGUAAUCCUAGAUAGCACCAGCCGGAAUGGCUUUCUUCCUCACGGCUCUUUUUUUUCUACUUUUCCUUUACUAGUGCCUCCUUGCUCACGCUUUGGCCUAUUCCACCAUACUUCCGCCAUGUUCUUUUUCUUUCUUUUGCCUCAACCGAAGCUUGUAGUUCCCAGUCACUUGGAGUAGGAAGAACGAAGAGAUUGCAUAUGUUGAGUGCAUCUAGUGUAUGAGGUUUGGGUCGUAGAAGCAUGUGAUGUGAGAUAUUGUGUGUUGGUGUGUUUGAGAGAGAGGACGUGCGCACUGUGAUGAGAUGGAUUGUGUGCAGGUGAGGUCAGGAGAAAGAUAGGAGGUCAGGGAUGAGGUUGGUUGUGUGUGGGAUGCGUUGGGAAACCUGAGAUGGAUCAGAUUGUGGAAUGUAGAUGACAUGGCAAGAGCGGGAGAACGAGACAGAGAUAGUGAACAAGAGAGAGUGAGAAUGAGAGAGAGAGAGAGAUAGAGAGAGAGAGAGAGUUAGAGACAGAGGAGCUGGAUACAGUUGUGGACAUUGUGCUCCUCUGUUCAUGCUGACUAGACUUCUGUUAAAACCAGUAGCAACAGCUUCCAUCAGAGACAAUGAAUAACACUGCAUCAUACUUCCUCUUAUCCCAUCACCCACAGCUUGGGCUAAUGAACAAUCCAUGUACGAUGCGUGACGGUGAAAUCUCAUUAUCAAAACACAAUUUUAAUUGCGGUAGUUAAAGUUUUGAAGCCCAGUAAGUCUCGCGCCGGUGGCAUCCUGAUAGCGGGGAAACACAGCCACGAGGGGCUAAUCUAAAAAGAAUGAGAUUGUGGCUGUCGAAGAUGGAUAGAUGCUCUCACUCUUUGUCUCUCUCGUUCUGUCUCUCCAGCUUUUUAGCGGGUGGCAUAUUAAUCAUGUGUCUGAUUUAUUCAGCUAUAUAUCAUUUGCUGUGGGGAAGCUUCAACUUCUGUCUGGCAGCUUAUUCUCUCCUGGUGUGAAGGGAGAGGCUGGAGAGCCAGGUUAAUGAGAGAAGGGGUAGGUUAGGGUGGUAGGAGAUGUGAUGUUCUGAGAAAGUUAGUAGUAAGUGUUUGUGAAAGGGAUGUGAGGUGUUUAACCUAAGGGUUGUUUUUAGUAGGUAUGUUGAACAUAACUUUUUUAGAGUGACAUUUUUAUGUUGUUUGCUCAUGAAGGAAGUGAAUGAAUGAAAGAAAAGAAGAAGAAAAUGAGAGGGAUAAAAGCUUACUCAGUGCUAGAACUGAUGGUAACGCUUCAGACAGGUGGAAUGGGACUGCCGACUACGCCAAGUGUUACUUAACACAAUCACUUACACAACAGGUGGCGUUGGGGCAUUGUUUAGAAUGCUAAUGUAUUGCAUGGCUGAGGAAUAGAGCAUGCUGGUUCUUUUUUUUGUGUUUCCUGCCGUGCUGUGACUCUCACUGUUUGACUUCCUGUUCUAAUUACUACUUUAUACUCUCUUUAAUUUACCCUCGGACAGAUACAUCAUGUCACAUCGCACUAAGCAAUAACUGCUCACACUGCUUAAAACUACCUUCCUUUUUUUUGUAUGGGUACCAAUAUGGACCAUAUUUAUUGCCACAUCCAUAUUUUCUGGAGGGAGGAUUUGUCAGAUAAAGAUGCGUGUGAGGUGUGAGGGGUCACUGAAUACAUUUUAGUUGGCGUAGUCAAACGUCUUGUUAUUACCUAAGACAAGGCCUUCAUGAGCAUUCAGUGACGCCUGUUAUAGUCUAAUUCCUAUUUUCAGUAGAAGGUAGUGUGGCAAGUCUCCAACACUGUCACAAAAACCUAAUUUGUAGACAAGGCCUCAAACCAAAGUUAUACUCUCUAAACCUAUGCUCUGUAAACCGUCUAGGUCCUUAUACUCAAACUUGAAACAAUAAUGACCCACUACCAGCAUGUCAACUCUGUUACAUCAUACCACCAGUGCUUCGAGUUGGACCAAAGGAGUUGCGAUAGUAUUUGUUUUUCUCUCUUUUUUUAUUUGCAUUAUUCUUAUGCAACAUUUGUGUUCAACUCUAUAGAGACAACUCUAGAGACUAGUCCUGUUUUCAAAACUAAGGUGUCAUGGGAGGUUGGAGCUCAAGAGAAACGGAUUCCUUUUGUAAAUGUCACUGACUGAGUCAUUCCGUGUGACAAGGCGAUAAAGCAGCAGGACAUGUCAGGACAUGUCAUGGUUUUGCAUCAGUGAGUAAGUCAAUAAGUGUAUGUGAAAGUACAGCAAAUGUACAAAUAAUCGAAUCAGUCUACUCUUAAACGGGAAACGUAACAAUUGGUCUGUGUGCCAGCGGUUCUUUUUGAAAACAGGGCUGUCCCUUUUUACCGUUCUCAUUUUGAAAAGCUUUUUGUUGUUGUUGUGUCUCGUUCAUGUUUACAUUGUAUCUUGCAUUGCCCUAAAGAGAAACACUAUUAAAUGUAUUAUCUUUGUUUAAUUCA